UUGCCCAACGGCCAUCUCACCGUGGACGAAUUCAAAAACAUCUACUCGAGCUUUUUCCGCACGGUGACGCUUCGAAGUUUGCCGAGCACGUGUUUCGUACCUUUGACGCUAACCACGAGGACGAUCGACUUUAGAGAGUUCAUCUGCGCACAUCUCCGUGACUCCUCUCGCGGGAAACUCGAAGACAAGCUGCGCUGGGCGUUCAACAUGUACGAUCUGGAUGGAAACGGAUUCAUCACAAAGCAAGAGAUGUUGGAAAUCGUCCGGGCGAUCUACAGGAUGGUCGGCACGGUGAUGAAGAUGCCAGAGGACGAAUCAAACGCCCGAGAAAAGAACGGAGAAGAUUUUCCGACAGAUGGAUACAAACAAGGACGGGAGGCUCUCGCUGCAGGAGUUCAUCGACGGAGCCAAAACUGA